AAAAUGGUCUGCUCCCGGUCUACGCAGGUGAUUAGCAUAGUGCUAGGAGCAUCUUGUAUUUGUUGGUAUUCAAUCAUCACGGGCAGCGGAACGUCAAGAGGUGAAAUUUUCUUGUUCAAAGCUGUAACGAUGACAGCAAAAGACCUCUCGGCCUCCGAUGUCACUGACUGCGGAAACGCUAGCGGCAUCGGAAGCAGCAGCAUCGAUGCUCGAACAGCUAGCGGGAUAAAUAUGACAAAUCUGGCUUGUCCAGCAUUUGACGACCGGCCAAGCAGGUUCCCCUCUAACUUUUGGUAUGUGAAGAAUCCUAAGACAAGUAGCAGUACCCUCGCAGGCGUAUUUCGUAGCGUAGCCGCGCAUCACGCUGUCAUCAUGCUCAAUCCGGCUAAAACACAUAUGAGCGUCAAAGAAGUGGAAGAUACCAAGCAGAAGGUUAUAAGUGCAGUACAAAGUCGCCACAGUGAGCCACCUCGACUGGGCCUGUCCAAUCAUGUACGAUUUAACUCAGGAAUUCGUGAUACCCUAGAGUUGAACGGGCCUCUCUUGUUAUUUACCUCAGUGAGGGAGCCAAUUGAUCGAUUUUAUUCCUUCUUCAUUGAGCAAUGCCAAAAUUCGAAAUUCGGAAAAAAUGUAGACUGCUUUGGUGAAGCAGUGGAUGAGAAACUCCAAAUGGCUACCACAAUGGAGCCGAAUUCUCAGCUAGCUGUCAUUCGAGGGAACGCAACAGACAUCAAGAGUGCAGUAGCUCAGUACGACUUCAUUUUCGUCCGAGAACGCUUCGACGAGUCUUUGGUAGUGUUCAUGAUAUUAUAUGGACUGGAUUUCGCCGACAUCGUCCAUUUAUCGUCAAAAGUGCGCACGGGAAAGUAUCCCGGCGCCGCCAAGAUGCCACCGGCGCUCAACGACCUGAUACGGACCAAUAGCCAGGAAGAUGUAAAACUAUGGGUCACAGCAAAUGCCCUUUUGGAUGAGAAAAUUGCGGGCAUAAAUGAAAAAUGUGGAGGUGAAGCUUACAUGGCGUCUACGUUAGCCGCAUUUAAUCGCACCAAGGUGCUGUGA